AAAUAAAACGUUCACAAUGCAAUUUAUUUUUCGAAAAUCUUUUCUCACACAAGUAACAAAAAAUGGUAUAGCCCAGUCAAAAACAACCUAACCCAAAAAUCGAGUCUUUAUAAAAAAUGCUCUAGGAAUCAGCGGAAAAGGGUAACAAAUAGGGGCAGAAACGGGACCACCUGGACUCCACUGAGAAGGACCUGAAGAAAUACAACUUCGCCAUGGCUUUGGCGGACGAGAGCAACUUCGCCUACGUGAAGCAGGUGGCACUGGACUGGCGGGAACUGGUGCGCGAGAGGCGGCAGUCCCAGAUCUUCUCGCCCACGCUGAGCAUGCUGGCGGAGGAGUCGCAACUGCGGAUGGCGGAAACCAAGUCCCGGACACAGUCGAUGAUCCCGGCCGAGAGACGGGACUCCAGCUUCUACCGGCACCGCUUCUCGCUGGAGUCCAAGCCCCUGGAGAUUGAGCAGCAGGAGGUGGGUUCCAUGGAGCCAGCCCGCAUCAAGGUCAGCGAGAAUGUCCACCUGUUCAUUUACCAGCCCAUCCCCGUCUCGCCCUCCGUGAGGGCGUCCAUCGUACCCUUUUCCCCCAGUGACCCGAGCAUCACUUCGACCAAACUGGAGGAGCCCGUCGAAGAGGAUGCUCCAGCUGCUAGGGUCGAGCCCGGUGUUUCACCAGAUCCCAAGUCUCCCUAGUCCUCAAAAUGUCCUUCACUCUCGCUGGAAUACCUCUAACUGUUAGCACUUCAGAGCAAUAAAACAGACUCGAUGAA